GUCAAAGGAUGUGGGCGAUUUUACUUUAAGCAAGGGAUAGAAGAGAGAGGGUUCAAAAGCAGGACAUCUCUGGUCAUUGUCACUCGACCCGGUCGGCCUACACACCCAUUCUCUCUCUAUCUCUCUCUCUCUCUCUCUCUCUCUCUCUCCAUUUCAGAUCCUAGAGGAAGAAGAAAGAAGAAAGAAGAAAGAGGGAGAAAGAGAGAGAAAGAGAAGAAAAAAUAGGAGAGAGAAAUGGGCGGUGUAGUGAAGUUGAGCUAACAACAGCAGAAGACAGAAAAAAAAAAAAAAUCACUCUACCUCCAAUCCACAUCACUUUUCCUGAUCUAUCUUUACUUGGUUUCAAAGCUCACCCACAUCCGCCGCCCCCGGCGGAUAUAUAUGAUAUUUAAAUAAUAUAAGAAAUUCCAUCAACCCCAUCCAAACAAACCUCUCUCUCUCUCUAUCUAUCUCUCUCUCUCAUUUGUAGUGAGAAUGAAAGGAGAUUUAUCAAAGCAUCAGCAACACUACCCAAUUAGAGAAUGCCAAACCUCGGAAGAAGAAGAGAGCCCCAGCAGCGGAGGAAACAAUGGCACCAACACGAAGAAAACAAAGAAAGAAGGAAGCGGCACUGAGGGAGCAACCAUUGAGGUAGUCCGCAGGCCAAGAGGCCGUCCUCCAGGCUCAAAGAACAAACCCAAACCCCCAAUCAUCAUCACCCGCGACGCCGAUUCCGCCCUCCAACCUCACAUCCUCCAAAUCCCCGGCGGAAUCGAUGUCGUCGACGCCAUCUCCUGCUUCGCCCGUCGCCACAGCAUCGGCCUCUGCGUCCUCACCGGCACCGGCACCGUCGCUAACGUCACCCUCCGCCAACCAUCCACAACGCCGGGAGCCACCGUCACAUUCCAUGGCCGAUUCGAUAUUCUCUCCCUCUCUGCUACAUUCCUACCUCCAUCAUCAUCAUCAUCAUCAUCAUCAUCGCCAUCUCCUUUCUCAUUGGACGGUAACGGUUUCUCCAUAUCGCUUGCUGGGGCCCAGGGCCAGAUCUUUGGAGGAUUUGUGGUGGGAUCUCUACUCGCAGCUGGGACUGUGAUUAUCGUCGCUGCUGCUUUCACAACCCCAACGUUUCAUCGCUUGCCGAUUGAAGAUGAAGUUUCAGCUACUACAACGGGGAUUUCUACUGCUGUUGUUGACACCGCCAUUCUUCAAACACCUACAAUGGAGUCUGCUGGUGGUAGUGGUGGUGGCGCAAUGUCUAUAUACAGCUCUCAUCUUCCAUCUCAUGUUAUAUGGGCACCUACUGCAAGACAGCAACCUCCUCCACCGCACUACUAGGAGUGGCUUUUCUGUAAUUUCAUUCUACUUUCAGUUUUUUUUUUUUUUUAAUUACUUUUUUGGAAUUUUAUUAAUGGAUUAGGAUUUAGGUAGGGGAUUGAUAUUCACACCCACCUGAAUGAUAGACACGCCUUCUUUUUUCUACUUCUGAUAAUACAGCAGUACUGUUUGUAGUAUUGUCUAGUCGAAAGUUUAAAAAAAGAAGAAGGGUGCGUGUAUCUAUCAAAAUGGUGUAGUUUUUAGGAGAAAUGCUCAAACUCAAAGAAUAGGUUUUUCCUUGGAUGAUAUUCUCUGUUAUCUUUGAAGUUCCUCUCUCUCUCUCUCUC